AUGUCCUUGUCGAACAAACGCGAGGUACGCGAGCACGUUAAGCUCGUACUGCAGCCAUACGAGGAAAGCGGCCACAUUGAUGUCGAAGAUGUAAAGACACUUACACGGGUGGCAUCGGACGCUGUCGUCACCCUCCCUGCCACGCUGACGAGCGUCGCAACAGUCGCAUUGACGACCUUGCAAAACCUGCUGAGCAGUCGUACGGGCGCGAAACCUGAGGUGAUGGAGGCCAUUGCCCGGGACCUGGAGGCGAACAGUGUAACCUCGGGGCAGGCAAACGGUAGCGCUGCCUCGUCCCACGAAGGCGGCACCGCGACGGAGGAGAUGGGCAACAGCAGUGACGCGAGCGCCACCACUGCCGGCGCAGCGGUGCUUAGCUUUAGCGCCUUCAAGGCUCGUAUGGCAAAGAAGAGAGAUGAGCUGAAGGCAGAGCGCGACACAGUCGCAGAAAUUACCUCAACGGCCACCACUCAUGUCGAGGCCAUCACCGCCACCGCACCGCCUCCAGAAUCGUCGCCGAAAGUCCAGAGGGAAGAAGCGCACACCACUACUGUGGGCACUGACCUGACCGAGUCUCGCAAUCUCUCCAACCAACCCAGCGCAGCUCCCACGCCGUCCCUGCGACCCUCCACGGCGCCCGCUCCGUCUUCCAUACCGGAGAUGGCUGAAGAGGCGGCUCUCUCUCGUGAGCGCGACGAGGUUGCAAGCGAGCAGCCACCGGCAAAGAUGGAGAAGAAGGAGGCCUUUGCCCUCUCCGCUUUCCCAGACCCAGACGAGGAGGUUGACCUCUACGCGGGCCUCACGCCCUUGUCGCGGGGUCGUGGGCGUGGGCGUGGGCGUGGACGGGGCCGUGGGCGAUGGGGGCCGCCGUAUUUCCACCCCGCGCACAACCCCUACGGCACAACACACCCGCACCAUCAUCACGGAGCACCACCCCCAUUGCACCAGUACGGAGGGGCGCCGCCACCAUCACAUCACCAAUAUGGCUUCCCGCCACCAUCACAUCACCACUACGGUAUGCCGCCGCCGCCACCGCACGCGCACCACGGCAGCUACGGACCCAACACAUCCCGUCAUCGUCCGUAUUAG